AUGGCGCAGGCGUCAAAGCAACCUUUGAUCGCCGUCGUCGGCGCGACAGGCACGGGCAAGUCAGAUCUAGCCGUGGAGAUAGCACGCGAGUUCAAUGGCGAGAUCAUUAACGGAGAUGCGAUGCAACUUUAUCAUGGCUUACCCAUCAUUACCAACAAGGUCACAACGGAAGAGACACAAGGAAUACCACAUCACCUGUUGGGCUGCAUCGGGCUGGAGCAAGAGACAUGGACUGUCGGCAAGUUUGUGAGCAGUGCUUUGACUGUGAUCGAUGAAAUUCGAAGCAGAGGCAAGCUUCCCAUCCUUGUCGGGGGUACUCACUACUACACUCAGUCACUAUUGUUUAAGGAUGCGCUCUCGAAGGAGCCUGCGCUUAACCUGAAUGAGAACAGUGAACACUUCCCGAUCUUAGAUGAGCCGACUAGCGUUAUCUUAGAGAAAUUGAGAGAGGUGGAUCCUGUAAUGGCGGACAGGUGGCAUCCGAAUGAAAGCAGGAAGAUCCAGCGCUCCCUCGAGAUCUACCUGAGGACCGGCAAGCCAGCAUCGCAAGUCUACGACGAGCAACGCAUCAAGCGAGAGAUCGAGCAAACCGCUACAGACGGCAAACAAGCCGAGAGUAGCACGGGCCUUCGUUUUCCUACUUUGUUGUUCUGGGUGUAUGCUGACAAGGAUGUACUGUACCCACGUCUCGACGGACGUGUAGACAAGAUGCUGGCUAAGGGUCUCCUGUCUGAGGUAGACGAGUUGUCGCGGUUCCGAGCCGAUUAUGAAGCACGCACGGGGAACGCCGUGGACCAGAGUCGUGGCAUUUGGGUAUCGAUCGGUUACAAAGAGUUCCUUGGCUACCAGAGUGCGCUCGCCGACAGCACACUUCCGCCAGCAGAACUUGAAAAGCAGAAGAUUGCGGCCGUGGAGAAGACCCAGGCUGCAACGAGACAAUAUGCGAACCGUCAAGCUCGAUGGAUCCGGAUCAAGCUCCUCAAUGCCUUGUUUGGAGCGGGGUACAAGAGCAACAUGUUCCUUCUCGAUGGCAGCGAUCUCUCGAAAUGGGAGGAUAACGUCCCGCGACCAGCACUUAGGAUCACCGAAAACUUCCUAUCGGGCCAACCACUUGCAGAACCAACAACUCUAUCUGCUGCCGCUGCAGAGAACUUGACACCAAAGCGCAACUACGAUCUCGGGCAGCGUCCCGACCUGUGGCAGAAGAAGGUUUGCGAGACGUGCGGAACGGUGUCUAUCACUGAGAAUGACUGGAAGCUACAUGGCCAGAGCCGCGCCCAUAGGCGAGCUGUUGGGAUCAAGAAGAAACAAGCGAAUGCAAAAGCUCGUGCGCCCAAAGAUCGCAGCGCUUGGCAGGCUGAUGUGGUAGACGUUCUCGAGACAUAUCUGGAUGGGCAUCCGGGCGACAGUCACUAA